AAGGCAGAGGGGUGGGGAUCUUGGGUGGGCUGCCCCCUCCCGCUCUGACCCGUUCCACACCCCGCGGAAAGCAGACUGCCAGUUGAAUCAUUCCCCUUUCAGGAGGGAAGGGGGAUAAAGGUAACUAGCCCUUUUCUGCUUGAAAAAGCAAAGGGAAGUCGUGGGCAGCUUUGCAGCCGCUCCGUCCCACUCCUGGACCAUGCACCUCUGCAUCUUUCUGCUCGGCCACAGGCGAGGACUUGAUUUCUUGAGCUGAGAGCUAAACCUUGGUGACUUUUCUUCUCCCCAACAACCGAAUCAUGCCAUGUGCCCAGAGGAGCUGGCUUGCAAACCUCUCCAUUGUAGCGCACCUCCUUAACUUUGGGGCCCUUUGCUAUGGGAGACAAGCUCAGCCAGGCCCGGUGCACUUCCCGGACAGGAGGCAAGAGCAUUUUAUCAAGGCCCUGCCUGAAUACCACGUGGUGGCCCCCGUCCGGGUAGAUGCCAGUGGGCAUUUUCAGUCCUAUGGCUUGCACCAUCCCGUCAGCAGCAACAACAGGAGGAAGAGAGACUUGGAUGGCCCAGAGGAGCGGGUGUACUACAGAAUUUCACACGAGGAGAAGGACCUGUUCUUUAACUUGUCCGUCAAUCAGGGAUUUCUUUCCAAAAGCUAUAUCUUGGAGCGGAGAUACGGGAACCUUUCCCAUGUGAAGAUGGUGGCUUCCUCGGCACCCCCCUGCCAUCUCCGGGGCACAGUGCUGCAACGGGGCACCAGGAUCGGGACCGCGGCCCUCAGCGCCUGCCAGGGACUGACUGGGUUUUUCCAUCUACCACAUGGAGACUUCUUCAUUGAGCCCAUCAAAAAGCAUCCCGUGGCUGAGGGAGAGUACCACCCACACAUCAUUUACAGGAAGCCAAGGCAGAGAGCUCCAGAGCAGGAGGAACAAGCCUGCGGAUUAAAGGACAGUCUUGCCACCUCCCAGAAGGUGGAGCUACAGCGAGAGAGGUGGGAGAGGAACCACUGGCCCAGCAGAGGCCUGUCUCGGCGUUCCAUCAGCAAAGAGCGAUGGGUGGAGACGCUGGUGGUGGCCGACACGAAGAUGAUUGAGUAUCAUGGGAGCGACAGCGUGGAGUCCUAUAUCCUCACCAUCAUGAACAUGGUCACUGGGUUGUUCCACAACCCAAGCAUUGGCAAUGCAAUUCACAUUGUUGUGGUUCGGCUCAUUCUACUUGAAGAAGAAGAGCAAGGAUUAAAAAUCGUCCACCAUGCGGAGAAGACACUGUCCAGCUUCUGUAAGUGGCAGAAAAGCAUCAAUCUGAAGAGUGACCUCAACCCAGCCCAUCAUGAUGUGGCUGUCCUCCUCACCAGAAAAGACAUCUGUGCUGGUGUCAAUCGCCCCUGUGAGACUUUGGGUCUGUCUCACCUGUCGGGAAUGUGCCAACCUCACCGGAGUUGUAACAUCAAUGAAGACUCUGGACUCCCUCUGGCUUUCACAAUUGCCCAUGAGCUCGGACACAGCUUCGGCAUCCAGCAUGACGGGAAGGAGAAUGACUGUGAGCCCGUGGGCAGGCACCCAUACAUCAUGUCCCGCCAGCUCCAGUACAACCCCACCCCACUGACGUGGUCCAAGUGCAGCAAGGAGUACAUCACCCGCUUCCUGGACCGGGGCUGGGGGUUUUGUCUUGAUGACAUCCCCCAAAAGAAAGGCUUGAAGUCCAAGGUCAUUGCCCCUGGAGUGAUCUAUGAUGUCCACCAUCAAUGCCAACUGCAGUAUGGCCCCAAUGCCACCUUCUGCCAGGAAGUAGAAAAUGUCUGUCAGACCCUGUGGUGCUCAGUGAAAGGCUUUUGUCGCUCUAAGCUGGAUGCCGCUGCAGAUGGGACCCGAUGUGGUGAGAAGAAGUGGUGUAUGGCUGGCAAGUGUAUCACAGUGGGGAAGAAACCAGAGAGCAUUCCUGGGGGCUGGGGCCGCUGGUCACCCUGGUCCCACUGUUCCAGGACCUGUGGGGCCGGAGCCCAGAGUGCAGAGAGGCUCUGCAACAAUCCUGAACCCAAGUUUGGCGGGAAGUACUGCACCGGGGAAAGGAAGCGCUACCGUUUGUGCAACGUCCACCCCUGCCGCCCGGACACGCCCACCUUCCGGCAGAUGCAGUGCAGUGAGUUUGACACCGUUCCCUACAAGAACGAAUUCUACCGCUGGUUUCCAGUUUUUAAUCCAGCACAUCCUUGUGAGCUCUACUGCCGACCCAUAGAUGGCCAGUUUUCCGAGAAAAUGCUGGAUGCUGUCAUUGAUGGUACCCCUUGCUUUGAAGGUGGCAACAGCAGAAAUGUCUGUAUUAAUGGCAUAUGUAAGAUGGUCGGCUGUGACUACGAAAUCGGCUCCAAUGCCACGGAGGAUCGCUGCGGGGUGUGCCUUGGGGAUGGCUCUGCCUGCCAGACCGUGAAGAAGAUGUUUAAACAGAAAGAAGGAUCUGGUUAUGUGGACAUCGGACUGAUUCCAAAAGGAGCAAGGGACAUACGGGUAAUGGAGGUUGAGGGAGCUGGAAACUUUUUGGCCAUCAGGAGUGAAGACCCCCAAAAAUAUUACCUCAAUGGAGGAUUCAUUAUCCAGUGGAAUGGGAACUACAAGCUGGCGGGGACCACCUUCCAAUAUGACAGGAAAGGAGACCUGGAGAGACUGAUGGCCACAGGUCCCACCAAUGAGUCGGUGUGGAUCCAGCUGCUGUUCCAGGUGACUAACCCCGGCAUCAAGUAUGAGUACACAAUCCGGAAAGAUGGCCUUGCCAACGACGUGGAAAAACUGGGGUAUUCCUGGCAGUAUGGCCGUUGGACUGAGUGCAGUGUAACGUGUGGGACAGGUAUUCGCCGCCAGACUGCCCAUUGCGUGAAGAAGGGCCACGGGAUGGUGAAAGCUACUUUUUGUGACCCAGAAACACAGCCCAAUGGGAAACAGAAGAAGUGCCAUGAAAAGGAUUGUCCGCCCAGGUGGUGGGCCGGGGAGUGGGAAGCAUGCUCAGCAACGUGUGGGCCCCACGGAGAGAAGAGGCGGACGGUGUUGUGCAUCCAGACCAUGGGCUCUGAUGAGCAGGCUCUCUCGGCUAAAGACUGCCAGCACCUGCUGAGGCCCAAGACCCUCACUUCCUGCAACAGAGACAUCUUGUGUCCAUCAGACUGGACAGUAGGCAACUGGAGUGAGUGUUCUGUUUCCUGCGGCGGUGGGGUGCGGAUCCGCAGCGUCAUGUGUGCCAAGAACCAUGACGAACCUUGCGAUGCGACAAGGAAACCCAACAGCCGAGCUCUUUGUGGCCUCCAGCAAUGCCCUUCUGUCCGAAGGGUUCUGAAACCCCACAAAGGCAUGAUUCCCAGUGGGAAAAAGCUCCCAACAUCUGAGCCGGACCCCCUGAAGCCCAUCCUUCCAACUCCAUUCAGUCCCAGAACGCUGAGCACACCCACGGUGCCCGGGCCUGUGAGCACAAGCGCUCGGGCCGUCAGCAGCCCCGGUCCUACCACGGCCCCCGCACAAGGAGACCUGGAUGCCAAACGGUGUCAGAACAGUUCACGCCAAACUGAACCGGGCUCCAAUUAUGUCCUUUCCACCGGAAGUACUUCCCAGCCCAUCCUCACUUCCUGGGCUUUGAGUACCCAGCCAAAUGAAGAGAAUGUUCCCAAUUCAGACACUGCUCCUACCUCACAGGGAGACCUUUUCACCACGACAGUGACUGGUGCUGAUUUGCCGUCUUCCGGCAAGCCUGUGACGUGGCAGGUGACUCCAUUUUACGAUACCUUGACCAAAGAGCCAGGGAUAGAGAUUCAUAGUGGCUCAGGGGAAGACAGCGAACAGUCUGAGAACAAAAAUGAAAACAAGUCCGUAACAUGGACUAAAAUCAGAGUAGCCGGAAAUGAUGCUUCCGUGGUGAGAAGUACGGAAAUGCCCUUUGGGCCUCCACCAACACCUUAUCUCUGGGCACCCUUCAGCACAGCGAUGGAAGGUCUGCUGCCCAGCCCAAGUCCUGCUACUCUCAAAAAUGGUGCGCCUGGCGCUGAGGGGAUGGCCACUGAAAAGCCAGCGAACACUCCAUUCCCUCUGGGAGGAGACCGCCGGCCAGCACCGACAGAACACGCGGUCCGCCAUAACCCUCCAGAACUUCCAAGCAAUGCCAAUCUAACGCAGGGUUCUGGACUGGUCCUGACCGAGGAAGAUGAAACAAGUCUGAUCGCUGAGGGGUUUUUGCUCAAUGCUUCGGAUUACAAGGAGCUCUCAACAGGCGGCGGCUCCGCAUACUGGAUUGUUGGAAACUGGAGUGAGUGCUCCACCAGCUGUGGGCUGGGGGCCUACUGGCGAAGCGUGGACUGUAGCACCGGGACGGAUUCUGACUGUGCCACCGUCCAGAAGCCCGACCCCGCUAAGAGGUGCCACCUCCGUCCUUGUACCAGCUGGAGAGUAGGGGUGUGGAGCAAGUGUUCCAGAAACUGCAGCGGGGGCUUCCAGAUCCGGGAGAUUCAGUGUGUGGACAGCCGGGACCACCGCAACCUGAGGCCGUUUCACUGCCAGUUCCUGGCUGGCAUUCGUCCCCCGCUGAGCAUGAGCUGCAACAUGGAGCCCUGUGAGGAGUGGCACGUGGAGCCCUGGAGCCAGUGUUCCAGGUCCUGUGGAGGCGGAGUUCAGGAGAGAGCCGUGACUUGUCCGGGAGGUCUCUGUGACUGGUCGGAAAGGCCCACGCCCACGGCGCCCUGCAACAGCCACCCCUGUUGUCAUUGGGCCACUGGGGACUGGGACCUGUGCACCGCUUCCUGUGGGGGUGGCUUUCAGAAGAGGACCGUCCUUUGCGUCUCCUCAGAGGACAAUACGACUGAAGACCGAUGCCUGUGUGAUCACGAAUCCAGACCUGCAGAAUUCCGAAAAUGCAGCCAGCAGGCCUGCAAGAAGAGUGAUGAUUUACUUUGCACCAAGGACAACUUAUCAGCCAGUUUCUGCCAAACACUAAAAACCAUGAAGAAAUGUUCUGUGCCCACUGUGAGGGCUCAGUGCUGCCUCUCAUGUUCCCAGACACACAUCGUCCACACCCGAAGGCCAAGAAAGCCACAGUUGCUCAAAAACCCCAAAGCAUUCUAAGUCCAGAAGGAAGCCACCCCCCACCACAGACUGCAGCAGCCCGGGGACUGACUCGACUGCAUUCUAGCCCCAGGAAACCACUUCACUGAGGUUUUCCAGUCCAACUUUGGCUCAAAACAAAAUCCCCUGUGUUUUAUUAGCCACUAAAUGCCCUUGCAAAAGGCAUGGGACUGUAAUGUUUGCUGCUCCCUGACAGGUGAGAUAUCCAAGAGGUUCAGGCAUCUCCUGGGAUGUGCUCUUGGGAAAGGUGCCAAAUUAGGUAAGUCAGUGACAUGAUGUCUUUUCCCCCCUUGAAAGUAAAAACGAAGACACCAGAUUUUUCCCAGACUACCUCAGGAGUAUCAGGAAAUAGAACCACAUGCAUCCAGGGAGCAGUCUUGUUGAUUUACCUUGGUGAAAUCAUCCUUUUUUUCCCUCCCUGCUUGGGGAAGCUGCUGUUCAAUAUGUCAUGGGAGAGAUUUCAGAAACAUUCCUUUAAUUCACCCAGGCAGAGGGCCACUUUCUUUAGCCAGUACUCAGCUGGGGCAGGGAGAGACAGUGUUGGCUAUUAUCACUCAGCCCCCGUAGACUCGGUAUCUGGGCUCUUUAGACUCCUGUGCCUGCCUGGAGACAUGAGAAAUGAGAGGAAAUGGUCAGAAACUGUAGGAUUUAGCAAAGGUAAGGGAUUUAGCUUAAUUCUAGGGAAGACGUUUCUGACUCAAGGAUAAUUUCUAUGAAAACUCUUAAAAAGGAAAUGAACAGAAAUCAAUUUCUUGCCGGUGUAAGAAAAGAAACAUGGACCUUUAUACUUCCUACUUUCCUGGCCAAUACCUUUCCUUUGGGGAAGAGCUGAUGAGUCUUCCCGUCUGACUUCCUCUCCAGUGUGUUCCCUGCCUGAGUCAUCAACUCAGAGGUCCAACUGUCUUUCCACUGCUGGGGGUUCCUGCACAAGAGCUGCCAUAGCCAGGUCCGUGGGGGCGACACCCCCCCACUUACCCCAAGGACAGAAGAUGGAGCUCAAGAUCAAAAUAUUUCAGAGGACCAGGUCAACUGUAUUAAGUACAAGAACUGAUACAAACUUCUAGUCUUGAGGGAAAAAACCCACAACUCAAAGUGAGGUUAAACAUGACCCCCAUACACCCAAUAGUUACUUUGGAAGGUCUGUUCCUUGAUCUAUUCUCCAAGUCAGGAGAGUCCAAAACAGUGAAAUGAACGUGAAAAUGCUUAUUCUGGAUGUUCUCACCACCCAUCAGGAGGCUGUGGUCUCAAAUACAAGGCAACUUUCCUAGUUUGUAAGGGGAGGCAUUUACAUGAUCUGAACCCAGAGAGUGAGGACGGGUGGGUGGGUGGGGGCCUCUUGACAGAGGGGAAGGCAGGGAUGGGGCCUUCACGUUGUGAGCAGCAGCGUCGUGCAGACUUGUGCACAGGUAGAGGGCAGUUGCUAUUCCCCAUGGAGCACAGUGUGCCCUAGCUCCCUUGAAUUACCCAUCCGUUCAGCAGAAUGGUGCUCUCGAAAAACGGUGCUAGUAUCUAGAAGGUGGCAGGACUAAUAUAAACACACAGAUAGAUGUACCAGCGGGCAAGUCCAUCCGCAUCUGUUAAACGUGUAAUGGUGUUGCUGGCCAAUGCCAGUUCUAUUGCUUGGACACUAGAAGCUUAACGUUGUUAUAUGAUGUGCUUUGUAUUUUUUUUUUCAAGCCACUAAUGUGUAUUAUUCUGAUAAACUCCUGUAGAAAAUAAAACACUAGGGCUGGGAUGGAACUUAAGAAAGAAGAGAAACAGGAUGAAAACAGACAUGUUUACCUGAAGCCAGGGAGUUUAUUUCUCGAUGAUGACGUUCUUGUAUUCUCUGUCUUUAAAGGCAAACAUUGCUGGCUGAUGAUAUAAUCUCUGGUGAAAUGACAGUUUUAGAGAGGAGAGGCUUAAAUGGUUAGUGAUGUGAGUGGUAGAGGAGAAUCUGGUUUUUUCUAAUGAGGCAGUUCACUAAGACUGUUCCUGGAGUGGAGUGUGGGCUUUCGGGGGGCUGAAUGUCGUCACUGGGGCUGAGUUAUUUCACCUGGUACUGUACUAGCUAUCAGAGGCUUAUGCAUGUCAUCAGAGACCUGGAUAUGACCAGUCUUUCAAAACUCAGGAAUAAACCCAGAUCCCUACUGACCUCAGCAAACUCAGCUAGGCCAGAUUUCCCAAUACACAAAGUGGGCCACGUUAUUUAUGACCCACGUGGUGAAGAAGAUGAUAGACAUGUGGGGAGGGUCUGCCCAGAUACUCCAUUCUAGGCCUUUCUCCAGUUUCUCAAAGACAAGAAAUUAGCCCCUAAUCAUGCAUCUCACACAUUCCCUUCCUGUGUGGAGGCUGCGUUGUGGGAUAGUUGUGUGGCAUCCAUUAUUCUGGACUCCAGGAUAGAAACAGCCCUUGUUGUUAGAGUCAUCUGACACAGUCGUUACCUUGACAAUCACUCAGCUUUGGAUCAUCAGGCUUUUGACAGGUCCCUGUGUUUGCGAUCAGAGAGGGGAGACUCUGAAGACAAGAACCUAGACAGUGUCUUCACCAUUUCUUCAGAGCUCACAGGGGACAACACGAAAGCAGCAUCAUUGGUUUAUUUAACACACGUCCUCUUUUCUUCCCACCUUGAACAAGCAAGUGAGAGGUGUAGCAAGACACACUGGAUACCCAUCUACCAUGAACCAGAGAGGCCACCGCAGGGUCUGGUGCUUAAAUGCAGCAAGGUUCUCGAACCCAUGUUGGUUUACAUUGCCUUUCACAUGGUAGAGUUCGCUGUUCUCUGAAAAGUUGUGGGUUAAUUUAAUUCUUGAAUAUUGAAACAUAAUUUAGUGCACCAUGAGAAAACAGUAUUUCAAGAGACUAGUGAAUACUUUUCUAAAAAGGGAAAUCAUUUCGUGGAUACUACAAUUGCCUCUUUGUGGGAAUGACUUGUUGGAUGAUGGGCUUUCUUGGUGCAUGCGUCCCAAUGUGGUGCUUUCAGAUAUUUAGGGAAUGUUUUUGAUAGAUUUCAUCAAGUUUCUGAAGCAAAUUUGAGAGAUUUAUAUUGUUUCAGACUAUCAUUUCCCAAUCAAUUGGCUUAAAUCCUUCAAACUCUAAGAGCUACACAUUGCUACCCCAGAGAUUGCAGGUCUUAGCUCUUCUCCCUCUGACUUUAGGUUGAAGCCAGGGGACAGUGUAUCUGGUGCUCAGUGCACAGCAAUUCACUUUCAGGGGAGAAACCACAUGACAUGAAUUGCCUGGUGCUAUAACUUAGCCAACAUAUUUGAUGCUACUCCUGUUUUGUUGUAUUGCAAAUUCAAAUAUUGUUAUUAUUAGUAUUAUUAUUUUAAAUUAUACCAUUUAAAAAAAACCACAUAGUUGGCAAAGCACAGUUCUACCUAUGACUGUCCUCCAAAGUGGUUGUAUAAUGUAUAUGGCCCAACCCAUUUGCUCUCCCUGCAUCUCUGUGCUGUGCUGGCCAGGCCCAGCCUCCUUAAGGGGUCCCUUGGUGGGUACCUCAGUACUUAAAACCAGAUUGUAAUCAUAGCCUGCCUUUGGGUGGUAUUAAUAAAUGGCUAAA